UUACACUAGAUUGAAACGAUGUCACAUGUAACCUACUCAAUGACAAUGAGCAUGGCCAAGGAUCUCUGCGCCUCUUCAACCUUCCUCGCUCUUCUUACCUUCACUAUCAUCACACUCCCCCUCCUAACAAUCUUAAUUCGGAAGAUCGCAACCCUGACUGGUAGCAGCAGCGACAAAAGACUUCUGUCGCCACUGCCAGCACCAGGGCCGUGGAGGCUCCCGAUCAUCGGGAACCUCCACCAACUCAUCUCCUCAUCAUCCGCCCUCCCCCACCAGCGCCUCCGCGAUCUGGCUCGUAAACACGGGCCAGACGUGAUGCGCCUCCAGCUGGGGGAGGUACCACACAUUGUGAUCUCCUCCACGGAGGCAGCACGACAGGUGAUGAAGACCCACGACGUGGUCUUCGCGUCCAGGCCAUCGCUCCUCGGGGCAGAUAUGGUUCUGCACGCGGGGAGCGACCUGACGUUCGUUCCCUACUCGGAGUCCUACAAGCGCCUCCGCAAAAUCUGCGUGAUGGAGGCGUUGGGGGCGAACCGGGUCCGCUACUUCCGCCCCAUUCGAGAGGCGGAGGUAGCGGAUCUCGUCCGGAGUGUCUCCCGCAGCGUCGAGCUGGGGGAGGCCGUGGAGAUCCGGAGAGAGGCAUCAUUGCUCUCGAGCCGGGUGAUGGCUCGGACAGUGUUGGGAAAGCCGAGGGAGCUAGACGAUGGGUUUCUGAAGCUGGCGGAGGAUGUCUCGGAGGUCCUGGGAGGAUUCAGGGUGUCGGAUCUUUUCCCGUCGAUGAAAUUCCUCCCGGUGGUGACUGGUUUUAAGGCUAAACUUAGAAAGAUGCAUAGGGAGUUGGAGUUGAUGCUUGAUGAGAUAAUUAGUGAACACAAGGCGAGAAGAAGAGAGGUAAUGGAGGGAGGCACCGAAUCGGUGGAAGAAGGUGGCGGCAUUGACUGCUGGGAGGGCCUUGUUGAUGUCCUACUCAAUCAUCAUGAAAGUGGGAGUCACCAAUGCAACGUCACCAUGGAAAACAUCAAAGGAGUGGCACUGGAGUUGUUCGUUGCUGGAGUAGAAACAUCAGCUGCAACAAUAGAAUGGACGAUGGUUGAAAUGAUAAAAGACCAGAAAGUACUUCAAAAAACACAAGACGAAGUCAGGCAAGUGUAUCGUGGAAAGCACAACGUGGUAGAAUCGAGUCUUCAUGAGCUCACAUUCUUAGACUGUGUCAUCAAAGAAGUUCUAAGGUUACACCCCACUCUUCCUUUGCUCCUCCCAAGAGAAAGCCAGGAGAAAGUUCAAAUUUGUGGGUAUGAUAUUCCGUCUAAAACCAAAGUUAUAGUCAACGGGUGGGCAAUCGGGAGAGAUCCUGAUCGUUGGGUGGAUCCUGAGAAAUUUUUUCCAGAAAGAUUUCUCGAUAGUUCGAUUGAUUACAAAGGAAACAAUUUUGAGUUAAUCCCAUUUGGAGCAGGAAGAAGAAUGUGUCCUGGAAUGCACAGUGCGAUGGCUGUGGUAAAGCUUACACUAGCAAAUUUACUGUUUCAUUUUGAUUGGAAGCUUCCUAGUGGAACUGAGCCUGAAGAUUUGGACAUGUCGGAAGCUUUUGGCGCUGCAAUCAAAAGGAAAUAUGGCCUUCGCUUGUACCCUGUCGCACGCACACAAUGCCAUGGCUUGAUGAUGAGUGUGUUUGAUUCAACAUAUUUGUAAGAGCAAAUGUUAUUUGUAUGUUACGUUUUAUUGUACACUAUUAAGUAUGUUGUUAUGUAUUUUGCAUGCUUUUUGUAUGUUGGAUGAAUAAGAGAAGUAUAAUUUGCUCAAUUGUACAAUUUUUCUUUGGCUAAAUUACACGUUUGGUCACUCGAAUUAUAUAAAUCUUUCACGUUUGCCACUCG